AGUCAUAACACAUCCAUUCACCAACCUACGCUCACUAACAAACUAGAAUUGCAUUUCCAAAUCAUGGCUAGUUCAAUGCUUGUCAAGGUUACUUGUUUGGCUAUGAUAUGCUUGGUUUUGGGCAUUCCACUAGCCAAUGCUGCCGCUUCAUGUCCUGAAAUUGAACAAACUUUAACACCAUGCCUUGAGUACGUAACACACCCAGGUUCACCCCCUCCCCCUGAACCAUGUUGCAAUGCGGUUAAGGCUAUACAUGGCCAAACCCAUACUCCCCAAGAUCGUCGAGAUUGUUGCAGUUGCGUCAAAUCCAUGAUAGGCGACAUACCUGGACUCAAUCUUCCUGCCGCUGCUUCCAUGGCUAAAGACUGUGGUGUUGACUUGGGCUAUGAGAUUAGCCCUGAUAUGGAUUGCAGCAAGGUAAAUUAGUACUGAGCAGCUUGCGGGGUUGGCGGUUAAUAAAUAAUUAAUAAAGUAAUAAUUGGUUUAUGGUAAUAACCAAUACCGGCAGAGUAAAGGGGAAGAUUUUACUCUUAAAAAAACAAAGUUUGGCUUAAUCUCUCCGGUUAUAAGUUGUAACUGAAUCCCCACUAGGGAUCACAAUAUAUAAUUUUCCUUAAAUAAAAUCUGAAAUGUUUCAUAUGAAAUCAAAAUAUUCAAUAUAGAUGGACAUUUGGAUUUAGCGCCAUCUCUCUUAAUUCUUA